UUUUUUUUGGGAAUUGCAGAAGACAUAAAAUUAAUUGGAUUCCAUUGACGUUCCAAAAUGGCAAAUACAACAACAAUCUCAUUCCUCGACCUUGAAUUUAUCAGUCACUAGAGAUCCUCCGCCAAAAGUUUUGAAGCUCUGAAUGCAUAGCGUGACAAUUCUGCCAAAAAAUGGAGAAUCGGAAUAAGCUGAUCCAGGAUGGGUUUGCAGAGAUUUGCAGGAGAGAGAUGGGUUUCACUCGACCCAGAUGCUUCGCUCGCCGACUCUCUGCUUCUGAGGUCCUUGUAAAGCAACUAAAUCUUUAUGGGAAGUUAAAUGGUCAUAGAGGUUGUGUAAACGAUCUAGAAUUCAACUCCACUGGUGACCUCCUCGUAUCGGGUUCUGAUGACAAAGAAGUUAUAUUUUGGAAUUGGGCAACUAAAACUAAGCUGUUCUCAUAUGCUUCUGGCCACUUGGAGAACAUAUUCCAGACCAGAAUUAUGCCAUUCACUGAUGAUAGGAGAAUAGUGACUUCUUCCCGUGAUGGCAAGGUAAGGCUUGGGCAGGUCUGGGAGGAUGGCCGAGUUGAUACAACAAGGUUGGGGAGGCACCAAGGCCCUGUACACAAGCUUGCUGUGGAGCCAGGAAGUCCACACAUACUUUAUAGCUGUGGUGAAGAUGGUUUUGUUCAACAUUUUGAUUUGCGAAGUAGUUCUGCUAGAAAACUUUUCUGUUGCUCCUCAUUGACAGAAAAUAGUAAGCAGCCUUUGAAGAGCAUAAUGUUGAAUACCAUCGUAAUUGACCCAAGAAAUCCAAAUUACAUUGCUGUUGGAGGAUCUGACGAAUAUGCACGUGUUUACGACUUGAGAAAAUGCCAAUUUGAAGCAUCAAGUAAUCUAGAUAGACAUGUUAACACAUUUUGUCCCCAUCACCUGAUCAGGGCCAACAAUGUUCACAUCACGGGAUUGGCUUACUCUAACACAAGUGAAUUGCUUGUCUCUUACAGUGACGAACUCAUUUAUCUGUUUCAGAAGAACAUGGGGUUGGGUCCCUUACCAUCAUCUGCUCCACCUGAGGAAUUAUUGAAAGUUGAAGAGCCACAGGUUUUCAUGGGCCAUAGAAAUUCGCAGACAGUUAAAGGAGUGAGUUUCUUUGGCCCCAGUGAUGAAUAUAUCAUGAGCGGGUCUGAUUGCGGCCAUAUAUUUAUUUGGAAGAAGAAGACAGCUAAAUUAGUGCGUUUAAUGGAAGGCGAUCGCCAUAUUGUAAAUCAUCUUGAGCCACAUCCACAUAUACCUAUUCUUGCUACUUGUGGGAUUGAAACAAAUAUAAAGGUCUGGUCUCCUAUGGUGACUGAUGCUCCUCCACUGCCUGACAAUGUAGAAAAGAUUAUGGAGUCUAAUAGACAAGGCAGAGAAGAUCAUAGACGGGUAACUCUUAGCCCUGAUGUUAUCAUGCAUGUCUUGCGCCUGCAGAGGCGACAAACAUUGGCCUAUGUUGAAAGGAGAUACAGCAGAGCUGAUAUUGAGAGUGAUGAAGAAGAUGGAGAGUCUUAUUAUGCCUCGAUAUUCUCAGACGGUAACGCAUCUUCCGGCGAGGGUUCUACAGCAAAUUCCACGGACUGCAACAUAAGCUAGAGGAAUUUUGGCUAUGUAUCAUCUUCUUUGAGGUUAAUGGUAAGACCUUUUCAUUAUAUGUGACAGGAAAUCUAGCGAUCUCAGAAGUACCAUGAAGUGAAGAAGCUGACUUUUGCUGUGAUGGAUGAGGUUAAAGGGGUGUACAUAUUUGUUUUCUACUUUCUGAAUGCCCAAUUUAUGGGGCAAGAGCUGGUGUAACACAAUUUUUGGUCCAAAUGUCCUGAAUAUGUACACCAAUUGCAUUCUAUAUAUGGCGAUGAUAUUUCACUCUU